AUGCGACCCUCUACUCUUCGGUUGUUUGCCCAAAAGCAUUGGAUUUGCAAAUCAUGCAGAGCCAAUUUCUCUACGACACCUACGCGCGCCGCCAAAAAGUCCAAACCCAGCCUCCCAGACUCCCCGGCGCGUACGCGCUUCGCUCCAUCUCCAACCGGCUACCUACACCUUGGAUCUCUGAGAACAGCGUUGUUUAACUAUCUUCUCGCGAAACGGACCGGGGGCCAAUUCCUUCUGCGGAUUGAGGAUACAGAUCAAUCUGAACGCACAGAAUUGUACAAAUUGCAAGUCGGCAGCCUCAUUAGCACCGGUCAUGCAUAUAGGUGUUUCUGUUCCCCAGAACGCCUUGACACGCUGGCACGACAUAGACACGAUCUUGGUCUUCCUCCUGGAUACGAUGGCGCUUGCGUUAGUAUAUCAAAGGAAGAAUCUGAAGAACGAGCUUCGAAAGGAGCCCCCCAUGUCGUUCGAUUGCGAGUCGCGGAGCCGUACCCUAUGUUUGACGACAUGGUCUAUGGUAAAACUGGACAGAAUCGCGCAGCAAAACAUUCCGAGGUUGCCGAUACCUAUGCUGAUCCUAUUCUAUUGAAAACGGAUGGGCACCCUACCUAUCAUCUUGCAAAUGUCGUGGAUGACCAUUUCAUGAAGAUAACGCAUGUAAUACGAGGCACGGAAUGGAUGUCUUCAACGCCGAUGCAUGUCGCUCUCUAUAAUGCAUUUCAGUGGAAGCCACCUCAGUUUGGCCAUGUUCCGCUACUCGUCGAAAAGAGCGGCCAAAAGCUCAGCAAGCGCAACGCAGACAUAGAUAUUGCAUAUUUCAGAGAUCAACAAGCGAUUAUGCCGGAAACGCUGGUCAACUUUGCCGCAUUAUUGGGCUGGUCACAUUUACAAAAAUCCGAUGUUUUCAGUCUGAGGGAACUUGAGGAGACCUUUGACUUGAAGCUCACCAAGGGCAACACUAUCGUUGCCUUUGAAAAGAUGUGGUUUUUACAGAAGGCCCAUGCGCAACGAUAUGCGGCUUCUGGCGGCCCAAUGUUCGAUGAGCUAGUCCGAUUGAUUUCGAGUGCUGCUCGACAAGAGCUGAAUCCAGAGGAAUAUUCCCCAAUCUUAAAGUCCCGCAGCUUAGAAGACUUCGUUUCUUCAAUACUUCGCGAAGGCCCUCGCUCUUACACCACCCCAGUAGAAUUUAUCCACGCGAAUAAGUCAUUUUUUACGCAAACGGUUCACAGAGAGCCCUAUGUUCCUGCUAGUGCUACUAGCUUAGAUGAGCCGUCAAAGGUUCCCAUGUCAGCUCUUCACACUGCCGCGGCUGCACUAUCUAUGGUCCCCGUUUCACACUGGAAUGCAGAAACACAUCGUUACAAUAUUACCUCCUACAUAUAUACCGACCCAUCACUUUCGGCCGAUCUAGAGUCUAAACAAGCUCAGAAAUCAGCCCAGCAACUUUUUAGAAAAGAGUUAUACCACUAUCUACGGUGGGCGCUAUCAGGUGGCGCUCCAGGCUUAGGCAUACCAUCUACAAUGGAGAUUCUCGGUCGCGAGGAGAGUGUGAGGAGGCUAGACGGGGCAAGGGAGGCGACCAAGUCAUGGGCGUCGGUAGGGAAAGGUCAGCGGAGACGUGUCACCGUCCAGGAAGAGAGUGGUGAACGGAGCAAUGCCUGGAUGGGUUCGUUGGCUGGAGCCUCAAAAGAAUGA